AUGCCGGCAACCACCAAGCUGAUAUCGCUCUCCAGGGCAUGGGCGACCGCGUCGCUCCUGCUGAUGCUGGUGCUCGCCCUCCAUGGCAGGGGAGGCCACUGCGUCGGCCUGGGCAUGGAUGCGGCGGAGAUGGAGAUGGACUCGGAGGCGCACCGGCGGCUGCUGUGGGAGGCGACCGGCGGCCGGCGAUACAUUAGCUACGACGCGCUGAGGGGCGACGUGGUGCCGUGCUCCAGGACCGGUGUGCCGUACUACAACUGCAGGGUCUCCACCACCGCCAACCCCUACACCCGGGGCUGCGAGAGCAUCACCAGGUGCAGGGACGCAGGCCCCUAG